GCGCAGUGCGCUCGCUCAGAAUCCGCGAGACAGUCGCGACCGGCGCGCGCGCACGCGACACGACACGAACGACUCUCGCGACCGUUAUCAAAUACAUGGCAAUUGUUUGACGAACUUUAUUAUGUGAUACAUAAGACUUGCAUUUAAGAAUAUUUAAUCCUAUUUAAGAAUCUCUUAUAAAAAGUAAGAUUUAGUUCGUAAUUAAAUUAUUGUGGGACCAAAAUGACGAUAAAAAAUAAAAAGACUAAACAAUCAAAAGCGUCCGAAGUGACAUCUUCGAGUAGUGCGUCGACGAGUGUGCAGAAGAGCAGCAGCUCGACGACGACAUCGAGCAGCAACACGGUGCAGAAGGUCUCCGGCAAGAAGGUCCGCUACAUCGAGGUAAAGGUUGAGGAGGAUGACCCGCUCAUGAUUACUGACGUCACCGAUAACGCCUCGGUGAGCGGCUCGACCGUGUCGGAACAUUACAAUAGCCACCCGCACUAUAUUAUCACGGAAGCUCCUUCUAUCCCAGACCUGUCGCAGUCCAGAUCGACCGAACAACAUGUGAGUGAUAUGGCUCUUGCUCACACCGGGGAAUUUGUUUCCUCGUCUGUGUUACAGCAGUCAUCGACUGUACACCAGCAGAGUUCUAAGAGUGAGACUUUUCAGAGCUCUUCCUCAUCUGUUCAGCGUUCAGGUUCUAGUCACCUGACAUUUGAUAGAACUAUGGAUUCUACCGCGGCCAAUCAGACGCUUGAUACUGCUUUUAUUGACAAUUCUGGAUCUAAUCCUGCUUUUAUAUCAAGAUCUCAUGGUGCUAAUGCAACUGACUCUCUACUCCAAUCGGAACGUCAGGAUUUUAUUAACAAGCAAUCUACUGCAAAAUCGUCUUCAUCAAAGUCUGAAACAGUAGAUAAGACAACUAAAUUGACUGAUCAGAAAAAUGUUAACCAACGCGAGAAUGUAACUUAUCAUAACUCUCCUCAGCCUUCAAAGAGAGUUCAAAAUGUGAAGUCAGAGACUUCUAAAUUUUACGGUGGUGAAGGCAACCUUGAUAAGAAUGUGAAGCAAUUCAGCAGCACUUCACAGACAAGUGAAGCUAAGAGCAGCAGUGUUACAAAAUCAUCAUCAUCGUCGUACGUUGUUGAAAUUGUAGAUGGCAAAGAACGUAUUAUUGACAGCUCAACCAGAGAAUGGGGUGAUGCAAAAGAGUCUUCUUCAAAAGAAGAUUAUGCUAGUAUCAGUGGAACUGGUAUCCAACCGCAAUCUGCACAUAGCAUUCAAAAUUAUGACAUGAAAUCCAAGUUUGAUACCGGUAAAGAUGGAAAAAAGCCUUCAACUGAAAUCGAAAUUAAAGAAGAUUCGAAAUUCAUCAAAGAUGGAAAUCAGGUCACAUCCCAUACGAAUGUAAUAACUGAAAAAGAUAACUCAAUUCAACAACGAUACAGCUCUACUCAAGAAAAACUUACAUCCGGCGAUAGCCACCGUUCGACCAAUGUUAAUGAUAAAUUAACCUCUCAAGAUCACAUUCAGCGAAAUGAACAGCUGACUUCAAAAGACCAUGAACAACGCUCAAACAUUACUAGUCAGGAGCAAAUCACAUCUAGUUCCCAAGACUAUUCGACUACUUCAUCGAAUACUUACAAAACAAACAAAAACAUCGUUGAAUCGACAGAUAGAACUUUGCGUGAUAAGAGGCGCGAUGUAAACAAAACAGACUCUUCAAAUUUUUACGGCUAUGACGCUACUAUUGCCAAUGAACUAAAGAAAGUAGGCGAUAUUUUACAAGUUGGUGAAAACCAAAACUUGAACUUUUCUACUAAAAUAAUGAAAAGUAAUACGAGUAGCGCUCAACAGGCCUCUACCUCUUCAUACCGCGUUGAAAUUGUAGACGGAAAAGAAAGAAUUGUUGACACUUCUCACCGCGAAUGGGGAGACAGCAAAGAUCAUUCUACUUACGAAAAGAGUCAUAACAUAAGUGGCACAGACGUCGAACCCCAUCACGAGUAUACUCGUCACGUUUUAGAUAAAGAAUCUCAUUAUGAUACUGGAAAAGGAGGAGUGCCGACUAGUUCUACAUAUCUUGCUGAGGAGUCAUCUUUGUAUAAAGACGGCAAAGAAGUAGCUUCAACCAGAAACAUCUAUGAAGGAGACUUUUCGAAAAAGCAAGCUAUAACUGACAACGCAAAUGAUAGUAAAAAUGUGCUUAACCAGCGCAUUCAAGACACAACUGAUCAAAAUAUUCAUUCUACUACGUACCAAUCCACAUCUACCGACCAAUCUCAUAUCAAAGAUACCAAGAAUGUUUCGCAAACAUCCGAGUUUUUGACUACUGAAAAGCAAAAUCUAUCAAAAGAAACUACAAGUAAAUCUUUUUCCAAAGAUACUAAAGAUACUCUUACUACUUAUGAAAGAAGUACUGGAACAUGGAAUGGUAAAUUUAUAUAUGAAAAAGAUGAUGAUAGACCAAAAAAACCAAAAGACAGGUCUCCAUUUGCGACUCCUGAACAACCUAGACGUCAUUUGCAACGUCAAGAUACCGAGGAAAAUAUAAUAUUGUCAUCAAGAGACAUUAAAGAUUUUACAUCAAUAAGUGAUUUGCGUAAAAUUAUUGAAUCUACUCAAUCUAAAAAGAACGUAACAGUUAGUGAUAAAAAUAUCGUCAUCAAGAGAAGCAUUGAUGAUCGCGUGCUGAAAGACAUUAUUGAUACAGUGAAAAAAUAUCCCUUCAAGAGGAUUGAAAAAGUGUCUUUUGGGACAAGGAUUAACGAGGAUGUGAAAGAUCUAUACGAAGGCGUUGAUACUGAAGAAACUACAGUGGUAAACACAAGUAAUGCUGAGUUUAUUAAGAAGUCUUAUGAAGUGGAGAAGACUAAGAGCCAGGUUGAAGUUACAAGAUACAUCACCGAGAAUGGGAUUACGAGAAAGAUAACAACUUAUGAAGAUGCAAAGGAAGAUGAUAAAGUUAAGACGAACGUCUUUGUCGACAAGAGUGCAAUGGAUGUCACAAACUUGCGCGACGUCAAAACGAUUAAAGACGUGGUACGUGAAUAUGACGUAGUCGAUCGUGCUAUUACCGACACCAGAGAGGAUACUACCGUCAGCACCGUCUAUGAUGAGAGGAUCAUCGAUGACAGGAAGACAGUGCGAGACGAUAGAACUACGAUCCAGGAGACCGUCGUUGUUGACGAGACCAGACCCAGGGGUGGCCCCAAGAAACCUGAGAAGACCGUCAAAGAACAGUGCAUCUGCGAAAUUUGCACUUGUGGGCGUCAUCGCUGCCCACACAACGAUGUCCCGGAGCCAUUGUUCGAUGUGGAGCAUACGACGAGUGUGGUCUCCGCGUACAAACAAGACUACGACGAGAAACAUGUCAGCCGCACCACCGCCGUCCACCACGAAGACCACCUGCGCAUGGAAGGAGACUUCCAGCAACCCGAACGCCCGCACUGGCAACCCGCCGAACGACCUAAAUCUACUAAGCCUGAAGAUAACCUCAAACCUGAGGGAGAUUUCGAAAAGCGCCGUCCUGAGGAAUGGCGUCCGGGUGAAAGAGCGCCAGUGAGGAAACCUGAGGAUAACCUCAAGCCUGAGGGAGACUUCGAAAAGCGCCGACCUGAAGAGUGGCGUCCGGGUGAUCGUGCGCCAGUUAAACGCCCAGAAGAUAACUUGAAGCCAGAAGGUGAUUUCGAAAAGCGUCGCCCUGACGAAUGGCGUCCUGGAGACAGAGCACCAGUACGACGGCCCGAUGAUAACCUUAGACCUGAAGGUGAUUUUACUACUCCCGAAAAAGAACCUUGGCGUCCAGCUGAACGUCAGAAACCUAAGAAACCGGAAGACAAUCUGAAACCCGAAGGUGAUUUUGAGAAACGUCAGCCGGAUGAUUGGCGUCCUGGUGAAAGAGCACCUGUACGGCGACCAGAAGAUAAUCUUAAACCCGAAGGCGAUUUUGAAAAGCGUAAGCCAGAAGAAUGGCGACCUGGUGACAGAGCGCCGGUUCGACGUCCCGAUGAUAAUCUUAGACCAGAAGGUGACUUUACUACUCCCGAAAAAGAACCCUGGCGUCCAGCUGAACGUCAAAAACCUAAAAAACCAGAAGACAAUCUGAAACCCGAAGGUGAUUUUGAAAAACGUCAGCCAGACGACUGGCGCCCUGGUGAUAGAGCACCUGUACGACGACCAGAAGAUAAUCUUAAACCCGAAGGCGAUUUUGAAAAGCGUAAGCCUGAAGAAUGGCGACCUGGUGACAGAGCGCCGGUUCGACGUCCCGAUGACAAUCUUAGACCAGAAGGUGACUUUACUACUCCUGAGAAAGAACCUUGGCGUCCAGCUGAACGUCAAAAACCUAAGAAACCAGAAGACAAUCUGAGACCUGAAGGUGAUUUCGAAAAGCGUCGCCCUGAAGAGUGGCGUCCUGGAGACAGGGCACCAGUCCAUCGUCCAAACGAUAAUUUGCAUCCAGAAGGAGAGUUCACUACACCCGAAAAAGAACCAUGGCGUCCGGCUGAAAGACAGAAACCUAAAAAACCAGAGGACAAUUUAAAACCAGAGGGAGACUUUGUACAAAGACAGCCGGAUGAGUGGCGUCCUGGUGACAGAGCACCAGUUCGUCGGCCUGAUGAUAAUCUUAGGCCAGAAGGCGAGUUUACUACUCCUGAAAAAGAACAGUGGCGGCCUGCAGAACGCCCAAAACAAAAGAGACCUGAAGACAAUCUCAAACCUGAAGGUGAAUUUGAAACUAGAAAACCUGAAAAAUGGCGACCAGGAGAAAGAGAACCUGUACGCCGCCCUGAGGACAAUUUGAAGCCUGAAGGAGAGUUUACUACACCUAAAAAAGAAGAAUGGAAACCAGCUGAAAGGCCACAGCAGAAAAAGCCUACGGAUAAUUUGAAGCCAGAAGGAGACUUCGCAAAACGUAAGCCAGAAGAGUUUACUCCCGCUGAAAAAGCUAUCGUGAAAAAGCCUGAAGAUAAUUUACGCCCAGAAGGAGAAUUCACAACAACAAGAUCCAUUACAGAGGAUUAUAAAUUAGUGACUGGUGAAAGAGCAGAAAUAAUACGACGGACAGACAACAUCAUUACUGAAGGAGAGUUUUUAGAUACCACAACGUCUAGAACGGAAUACACUAUAAAACCAAUAGAAAAAUCUAAGCCUGUGCGACGUAAUACUUGGACAAAGAUUGAAGGAGAAAUGACAACAGACACGACAUCAAAAUCUGAAUUCAUCGAUUAUACUGAUAUUGUGGAAAGAACAACAACGGUAGCGAGAAGAACAGACAACUUGACUCAUGAAGGUGAAAUAGAAUUCGUUACUUCCAAUCAAGAAGAUUAUACACAAAAAUCUGGUCCAGUUCAGCGUCCUCACCGCCGACGAACAUGGACCAAAGAGGAUUUCGAAAAGUUCUAUUCAACAGAAGACUUGCAAAAAAUUACUACCACUCAAGAGGAGUAUAAAACUUAUGAGGAAAUUGAUAUAAGACAACAACAAAUCAUAAGACAAGAUAACCUCCACAUGGAAGGAACAUUUGAAACUCAUACUGUAUCUCAUGAUGCAUUCCAACCGAAAAUUACUGAAAGACGUGAACAAAAGAAACCAAUUGAUAAUCUAAAACCAGAAGGUGAUUUUGAAUCUCCAAUACCAGAUAAAUGGCGUCCAGCUGAGAAGCGUGAAAUGACCAAGCCAAAAGAUAAUUUGAGACCCGAAGGGGAGUUUGAAAAGCCCAAGCAUGAUGAGUGGCGUCCGGCAGAAAGACAGACACCUAAAAAACCUGAGGACAACUUGAGACCAGAAGGAGAAUUUGAGAAACCCACCCACGAAAAAUGGCGUCCAGCAGAGAAACGCGAAAUGACAAAGCCUAAAGACAAUUUGAAACCUGAAGGUGAAUUUGAGAAACCUAAACACGAUGAAUGGCGUCCUGCUGAAAGGCAAACACCUAAAAAGCCUGAGGAUAACUUACGUCCUGAGGGAGAGUUUGAAAAACCUAAACAUGACGAGUGGCGUCCAGCGGAAAGGCAAACUCCUAAAAAGCCUGAGGACAACUUGAGACCAGAAGGAGAAUUUGAGAAACCUACUCAUGAGGAAUGGCGUCCAGCUGAGAGGCCUGAAGUAAGAAAGCCUAAGGACAAUUUGAAGCCCGAAGGAGAAUUUGAAAAGCCGAAACUUGAUGAGUGGCGACCAGCAGAAAGGCAAACUCCUAAGAAACCAGAAGAUAAUUUAAGGCCGGAAGGAGAAUUUGAAAAACCCACUCAUGAAAAAUGGCGUCCAGCUGAGAAGCGUGAAAUGACAAAACCCAAAGAUAACUUGAAACCUGAAGGUGAUUUUGAAAAGCCUAAACACGACGAAUGGCGUCCAGCGGAAAGACAGACUCCUAAAAAACCUGAAGAUAACUUAAGGCCAGAAGGAGAAUUCGAAAAACCCAAACAUGACGAGUGGCGUCCAGCAGAAAGGCAAACUCCCAAAAAGCCUGCGGAUAACCUACGACCAGAAGGAGAAUUUGAAAAACCCACUCACGAAGAAUGGCGUCCAGCCGAGAGACCUGAAGUUAGAAAACCAAAGGAUAAUUUGAAGCCUGAAGGAGAAUUUGAAAAGCCGAAACAUGAUGAGUGGCGUCCAGCGGAAAGGCAAAGUCCGAAGAAACCAGAAGAUAAUUUGCGGCCAGAAGGAGAAUUUGAAAAGCCCACUCAUGAGAAAUGGCGUCCAGCUGAGAAGCGUGAAAUGACAAAACCUAAGGAUAACUUAAAACCAGAAGGCGAGUUCGAAAAACCUAAACAUGAUAAAUGGCGUCCAGCGGAGAGACAAACGCCUAUAAAGCCUGAAGAUAACUUACGCCCAGAAGGAGAGUUUGAAAAACCGAAACACGAUGAGUGGCGUCCAGCUGAAAGGCAAACACCUAAAAAACCAGAAGACAAUUUGAGACCCGAGGGCGACUUUGAGAAACCUAAGCAUGAUAAAUGGCGUCCAGCUGAAAAGCGUGAAAUGACAAAGCCGAAAGACAAUUUGAAACCUGAAGGUGAAUUUGAGAAACCUAAACACGAUGAAUGGCGUCCUGCUGAAAGGCAAACACCUAAAAAGCCUGAGGAUAACUUACGUCCUGAGGGAGAGUUUGAAAAACCUAAACAUGACGAGUGGCGUCCAGCUGAAAGGCAAACUCCUAAAAAGCCUGAGGACAAUUUGAGACCAGAAGGAGAAUUUGAGAAACCUAAGCACGAUAAAUGGCGCCCUGCAGAGAAGCGAGAAAUGACAAAACCCAAAGAUAAUUUGAAACCAGAAGGUGAUUUUGAAAAGCCCAAGCAUGAUGAAUGGCGUCCAGCAGAAAGACAGACACCUAAGAAGCCUGAAGAUAACCUACGACCAGAAGGAGAAUUUGAGAAACCCAUUUACGAGGAGUGGCGUCCAGCCGAAAGGCCUGAAGUUAGAAAGCCAAAGGAUAAUUUGAAGCCUGAAGGAGAAUUUGUAAAGCCUAAACACGAUGAAUGGCAUCCAGCAGAAAGGCAGACUCCUAAAAAACCAGAAGACAAUUUACGACCCGAAGGAGAAUUUGAAAAGCCUAAGCAUGAAGAAUGGCGUCCAGCUGAAAGGCAAACUCCGACAAAACCAAAAGAUAACCUUAAACCGGAAGGAGAGUUUGAAAAACCGGAGCACGAGCAAUGGCGCCCCGCUGAAAGGCCAGAAGUAAAGAAACCUAAGGAUAACUUAAAGCCCGAAGGAGAUUUUGAAAAGCCUAAACACGAUGAAUGGCGUCCUGCUGAAAGACAAACACCUAAAAAACCGGAAGAUAACUUACGUCCGGAAGGAGAAUUUGAAAAACCCACACACGAGAAAUGGCGUCCAGCUGAAAAGCGUGAAAUGACUAAGCCAAAAGAUAAUCUAAAACCAGAGGGUGAAUUUGAAAAACCUAAACACGAUGAAUGGCGUCCAGCAGAGAGGCAAACACCUAAAAAGCCUGAAGAUAAUUUAAGGCCAGAAGGAGAAUUCGAAAAACCCAAACAUGACGAGUGGCGUCCGGCAGAAAGGCAAACUCCCAAAAAGCCUGCAGAUAAUCUGCGACCAGAAGGAGAAUUUGAAAAACCUAAACCUGACGAAUGGCGUCCAGCGGAACGGCAAACACCGAAGAAACCUCAAGAUAAUCUUAAACCUGAAGGCGACUUUGAAACUCCAAAACAAGAUAAGUGGCGCCCAGCUGAAAAGCGUGAGGUUGUGAAACCUAAAGAUAAUUUGAAACCUGAAGGAGAAUUUGAAAAACCAAAACAAGAUGAGUGGCGUCCAGCAGAGAGGCAAACGCCCAAAAAGCCUGAAGAUAAUCUUAGACCAGAAGGAGAUUUUGAAAAACCCAAGCAAGAUGAGUGGCGUCCAGCCGAGAGGCAAACUCCCAAAAAGCCUGAAGAUAACUUAAAACCAGAAGGAAGUAUGGAUGUGGUACGGAGAACUGAUUACACUGCAACGCGUGGUGAUCGGGUCGAUGUCAUUAGGCGCGAAGAUCAUCUUCGAAUGGAAGGUACCAUUGAUAUUCAGCGCUCACGAGAUGAUUACAAACAUGUUGAAACUACAGAGAGAGUUAUUAUUCAAAGGCAUGAAGAUAAUUUAAGAACAGAAGGAGAAUUCUUUGAUCUUGAAAUCCGCAAUGAUUACAGUGCAACUAAGGGCGAACGAGCUCCGGUAAUAAGGCCUAAAGAUAAUUUACAACCUGAAGGUGAAUUUGAGAAGCCAAAACACGAUGAAUGGCGCCCAGCUGAAAGGCAGACUCCAAAGAAACCCGUUGAUAAUCUAAAACCAGAGGGAGAAUUUGAAAAGCCAAAACAUGAUGAAUGGCGUCCAGCUGAAAAACAGACGCCUAAAAAACCUGAAGACAACUUGAGACCUGAAGGCGAAUUUGAAAAACCUAAGCAUGAUAACUGGCGCCCAGCUGAAAAGCGAGAAAUGACCAAGCCUAAAGACAAUUUGAGACCAGAAGGGGAGUUCGAAAAACCUAAACAUGAUGAAUGGCGUCCAGCCGAGAGGCCUGAAGUCAAAAAGCCUAAGGAUAAUCUGAAACCAGAAGGAGAGUUCGAGAAACCUAAACAUGAUGAAUGGCGUCCAGCAGAAAGACAGACUCCUAAGAAGCCUGAAGAUAACCUACGACCAGAAGGAGAAUUUGAAAAGCCAAAAUAUGAUGAAUGGCGUCCAGCCGAGAGGCCUGAAGUCAAAAAGCCUAAAGAUAAUCUGAAACCGGAAGGAGAGUUCGAGAAACCUAAACAUGAUGAAUGGCGUCCAGCUGAGAGGCAGACUCCUAAAAGGCCUGAGGAUAACCUACGACCAGAAGGAGAAUUUGAGAAGCCUAGUCAUGAGAAAUGGCGUCCAGCUGAGAGGCCUGAAGUCAAAAAGCCUAAAGAUAAUCUGAAACCAGAAGGAGAGUUCGAGAAACCUAAACAUGAUGAGUGGCGUCCAGCUGAGAGGCAGACUCCUAAAAGGCCUGAGGAUAACUUACGACCAGAAGGAGAAUUUGAGAAGCCUACUCAUGAGAAAUGGCGUCCAGCUGAGAGGCCUGAAGUUAAAAAGCCUAAAGAUAAUCUGAAACCUGAAGGAGAGUUCGAAACUCCUAAACAAGAUAAGUGGCGUCCAGCUGAGAGAACAGAAGUCAAGAAACCUAAAGACAACUUGAAACCUGAGGGAGAAUUCGAAAAACCUAAACACGACGAGUGGCGCCCGUCUGAAAGACAGACUCCAAAAAAACCACAAGACAAUUUAAAACCUGAAGGUGAAUUUGAAAAACCUAAACAUGACACAUGGCGUCCAGCUGAGAGGCAAACUCCCAAAAAACCCCAUGAUAACCUGAAACCUGAGGGAGAGUUCGAAACUCCUAAACAAGAUAAGUGGCGUCCAGCUGAGAGACCAGAAGUCAAGAAACCUAAAGAUAACUUGAAACCUGAAGGUAAAUUUGAAAGACCCGAGAAGCCGAAAGUGGUUCCUGGUGAAAGACCAGUACAAAAGAAACCUGAAGAUAAUCUAAAACCGGAGGGCGAUAUGGAAGUAGUAAGGCGUACUGACUAUACUGCAACUCGUGGUGAUCGUGUUGAUGUUGUAAAACACGAAGAUCAUUUAAAGAUGGAGGGUACCAUUGAUAUCCAUCGUUCUCGUGAUGACUAUAAACGCAUCGAUAAGAUAGAAAAGGUGGUUAUUCAAAAACAUGAAGAUAAUCUGAAAACAGAAGGAAAAUUCUAUACACCGGAAGUCGUUCCAUCUCAGCCUGCUGAAAAACGUAAACCAUUUAAGCAAGUUGAUAACAUUACAAUUGAAAGGGAUGAUUUACGUCAAAAACAAAAAGUUGAAAGACUUGAUAUUAUAAGAAGAGAAGACAAUCUAAAGAUAGAAGGCGAAUUCGUAGAUAUGAAACAAAGAAACGAUUAUAGCGUUGUUACCGGAGAACGAGCUGCAAUAGUCAAACAUGAGGACAAUUUAAGAAUGGAAGGUAAGAUGGAAAAUACGCGUUCUUCCGACACAUACCGCGUUGUCAAAGGCCAAAGAGUGAAGUUGACUCGCAGAGAAGACAAUUUGAAAAUUGAAGGAGUAUUUGAAGAUCAUACUCGUCGAGACGACUACAAAGUUACGAAAGGCGAAAAAUCUGCUAUCGUGUACCAUGCAGACAAUCUAAAACCUGAAGGUGACUUUGAGAAGAGACCUGUAGUAAAACCCGUAAAUGGCGAUAAAAGGUCACCAGUAAAACAUAUAGAUAAUUUGAAACCGGAAGGAAAUUUCGAUCGACCAUCUAGACCGAAAUGGGUAAAAGGUGAAAGGCCUGAUGCGGUGAGACCUCAAGAUAAUCUGCACCCUGACGGAGACUUUGAAAGUCGUCCCAAAACCCAAUGGCAGCCUGGAGAAACACCGGCGCAAGUACGUCCUAAAGAUAAUCUUCGACCAGAAGGUGACUUCCAAGACAGACCGAAAACACAGUGGCAGCCCGGUGAGACUCCCGCACAAGUACGACCUAAAGACAAUCUUCGACCAGAAGGUGACUUCCAAGACAGACCGAAAACACAGUGGCAGCCGGGUGAGACUCCCGCACAAGUACGUCCUAAAGAUAAUCUUCGACCAGAAGGUGAUUUCCAGGACAGACCGAAAACGCAGUGGCAGCCCGGUGAGACUCCCGCACAAGUACGUCCUAAAGACAAUCUUCGACCUGAGGGUGAUUUCCAAGACAAGCCAAAACCGCAAUGGCAGCCGGGUCAAACAGCAGCACAAUCUCGCCCAAAAGAUAACUUGAAACCUGAAGGUGCUUUUGAUCGUCCAACUAGACCGAAAUGGCAAAAGGGAGAUCGACCAACACCUGUGAAGCCACAAGACAACUUACACCCAGAGGGAGACUUUGAUCGCCCCGUAACACAGACAUGGAGUCCAGCUGAUAAAUCUGGCCCCGUGAGACCUAAGAACACCCUCCAAACUAAUGGCGAUGUAACAAGAUAUGACAAAACAAUAAAAACACAAGACUCAGAAACUUACCGUGAUGGAAAAAUUCAUACUACUCAUUCUGAAUCACAUAUUAAACAGUCUAGUUCACAUAAUGCUACUGAGUUCUCCAAUGUAAGUCAUGUUCAAUCUGGCACACAUGUUAAACAUUCGACAGUUACGUCACAAGACGUUACUGAUCGAGCAGGAUCGCAGAGUUAUAUUGAUCGCCGUUCGGCAUCUCAAAACGUAGUCGACAAGAGAACUACUUCGGAACAUUCUUCACCUAGAAAUGUGACAGAUAAAACAGUUACUAGCAGUAAAAUGGACUCACGCAAUCUUAAAACAACUUCUUCAUCUACGACUAAAACUAUGAAACAGGUGACAGAGAAAAAACUUAUAGCCGGCAAAUGGGUGACUGUCACACGUAAUGUGGAAACAAACGUGGUAUCAGGAGAUGUCGGUAGAAAAGUCCCCGAUGACACUUCCAGGAGAAUAAUUUCAUCGGACGAUACUCAAGAAUGUCUAUCAACGUCAAAAGGAAGUCACUCGGGACAAAAUAUAUCCAGUGUAACUCAAAAGUCAUCUUAUGAGAGUCAUGGAGAUACACAAAUCCGAGGUGAUUCAUCUCAAAGACUUAUAUCAUCGGAACAACAUAUAACAUCCGGUUCACAGCGAAGUGUUUCUCAACAAUCACACACAUCUGAAAGCAGUGCCUAUCACAGUAAUCAGCAGCAACAAACAGGCAGACAAAUGCGUGGUGAUUCUGCUCAAAGAAUUAUUACUUCCGAUCAAUCGGCGACAUCUGAAACAAGACAUGGUUCAAAUUCUCAACGCCAUGUUACUAACAGCCACUCUCAAAGAAAUGUGUCGAACAUAAGUCACAUAAACCAAAAUAUAUCAAGCUCUACUCAACACUCACAUUCCAGCAGUAGAAAUCAAUUGAGUGACAGUGUCACGAAAACUAGUGUUGAGUUUCAGAGGGCUAUGCAUGGCGGUGGUGAUGCUUCGUCUACGAUAGACAACUCCUCUCGUAGUGGACACCACAAGCGUUCUUCUGACCUUAUAUCCGACGCAACUUCUACGAACGCAGUUCUUCAUCGUAAGGGAGUAUCUUCAGCUACCGAAGCCCAUCAUUCAACCAGUUCAGCUGCAUCUGCACAGCGAAAGAGUAUCGGCAAUCUCUGCGAUCGUGGUGAAUAUAUUAGUAAUUCCACGCACAGCAGUGAAAGAAAGAGCAUUAGUUCAAUGCAUCGUUCCGGCCGUGACAAUAUGGGAGUAAUAUCGCAGCAUUCUGAAAAAGAUUCUCGUCGUGAACAAGCAAAAAGAGACGGCCAAUCAACUCUGGUAAUAGAAAGACAGCCGCGUGUCAUGGUCAAAGAUAAUCUACGAGUCGGUGGAGAGUUCUACGGUCACUCAGAAUCGCGGUACGGCAGUUUUUCGAAAUCUGAGCAACAGCGAGCGGAGCGUACGGAGCGAGUGGAGCGCGUGGUGCGACACGGGACCGCGUCACACUUCGUGCUCGGUGACGGCAGCUCCAGCUACAAGCGCGAGUUCACGUCUCACGUGCACGGAACGUGCCCGGCGACGCUAAUAGAGUCACCCCGCACACCAUUCAAACACACUAGAGAUACCCGUGAACAUAAGUUCUAUGCUCCGAAAGUUAAUCAAAAGACGCAAUAAAGAUAAUGCAACUAUUCAUUCCUUGUUUAAUCGUGCUCUAUAUAUUAAUUAAUAAUGUAAAACUCAUCGACAUUGCGUUUGAGUUCUAAAAAUAUUCGUGCAAGCUAUAACAUUGCUAGUCUUAACAAUUAACGUGCCUUCUGUUACACAUAUACAAUGCAUAAUUUUAUUAUACUUAAUUUUAACAUUUUGUCAAACAUUGCCAUGAAAUAAAUUUUUAUAUUAUAAAAA